AUGUCAAAAAACGCAGUCUAUACCUCACCAACAAUUCAAAAUGAGAUCAUACAAUUAUGCGGUGAAGUUAUCAAAGAAAAAAUAAUCGAAGACUGUAAAUGGGCAAAAGCUUAUGCUGUAAUGGCUGAUGAAACAGCAGAUAUCGCUGGAAAAGAGCAGCUUUCUAUUGGAUUAAGGUUCUAUGAUGAAAGCCAAAAAAUAAUCAGGGAGGAAUUUGUAGGCUACAUUGAGUUAAAAUGUCAAGAUGCCUAUACAAUCGCUAGCGCAAUUCAAAGUUUUUUAGAAGAUAAUAAUUUUUCCGCCGAUAAUUGUGUGGGAUUCGGAUUUGACGGGUGUUCCACGAUGGCCGGCAAAGAAGGUGGUGUACAGGCCAUUCUUAAAAAAAAGUACGCUAAAUCUUUAUUUUUCCAUUGCUCCAGUCACAGACUAAAUCUUGUGGUCAAUGAUACUAGCAAGCUACCAGAAAUAAGAAACACAAUUGCAACGGUUAAAGACACAAUAACCUUCUUUCGUGAAUCGCCAGCCCGUAGGAAAUCGGUUCCAAAUCUUUCAAGGCUCUGUGAGACCAGAUGGUCGGAAAAAUAUAAGAGCAUAAAAAAAUGUUCAGAAAGCUUCACUGACAUUGUUAAAGCACUAGAACAUCUAUCUGUCGAAGGAAACUAUGCAACAAGAAAAUCUGCCUACCAAUUGCACUGUGCAGUUACUAAACCAAUAUUCAUCUUAGGCUUAAACAUAAUUGCAAGAUACUCUGCAAUUUUGGAACCCGUUGUAAACGUUUUACAAGGUAAAAGUAUGGAUUUGGUUAUGGUGAAGAAACAUAUUGAUGAUAUUCUAGAUGUAAUCAAAGAAGAUCGACAAGAUGUCGAAAAUGUUUCUUAUGAUUUAUUUAAAAAAUCACUUGAUAUCGCAGAGAAAGUAGGGGUUGAGUUGUCAGUACCACGAGUAACUCAAAAGCAAGUACACAGAAGUAAUCCACCAUCUGAGUCUGCAGUUGAAUACUGGAAGCGGUCAAUAAUCAUCCCCUAUCUUGAUUCUUUAACUUCGUCUUUGGAUGCUAGAUUCUCCAACGAAAAUACACCUGCUUUUGCUUUAACUUAUCUUCAUCCUUCAAGUAUGCUUAAAAUGGCUUCAAAAGAUUUCAAAAAUAAUGCAGAAUUUUUCAUGGAAUUUUAG